CGCAGGCAGAAGUCGCGAAGUGUGUGAGAGCACACUUAAUCCCACCGUAGGUCUCCCCACUCGCUACCACGGCAGGUCGUCUCCGCCCACCGGAAGUGCUGGGGCUUUCCCCACUCGCUCCCAACCCCCUCCUCUUCUUCGUCUUCGUCUUCGUCUUCGUCUUGUUCUAGAGUCCCACACGCUUUCCAUUCCAUUCUGCUCAUCUCCGUCCGCGCUCCGGUGAACGCGCCGGCGCCGCGGAUCCUGCUGCCAAGAAUGGAGGCGUGGCCGGACGACUUGAGGUGCCCCAUCUCGCUGGAGGUCAUGACGGACCCUGUCAUCCUCCCCUCCGGCCACACCUUCGAACGCCGCAGCAUCCAGCGCUGGCUCGACGGGGGGCACCUCACCUGCCCAGUCACCAACCUCCCGCUGCCGCCUUCCCCGCCGCUCAUCCCCAACCACGCGCUGCGCCGCCUCAUAGCAGCCGUCUCGCCUUCCGCCGCAGCCGCCCCCGUCCCCGAGGCGGGUGUAGGUGCUAAGGAACCGGCGGCGGAAGUGCAGGCGUCGCCCGUGACGGGGCUGCUCAGGCUGGCCAAGUCCGGCGCAGCCGGACGGAGGGAGGUGCUGGAGUCCGGCAGCGCGGCGGUGCUGCUGCGGCACGCGGCGGCCGGGGACGAGGCGGCGGCGAGGGCGCUCCUGCUCCUCAGCCUCGAUGGCGACGACGCGCGCGUCGGGCUAGUGGUGGACGGCGCCGUCGACGCGCUCUCCGCCGCGGUGUCCCGCGGCGACGCGGCUGCCGCGCUCGCGGCCACGGCGCUCACCAGCCUCGCCACCGUCGAUGUCAACAAGUGCACCAUCGGUGCGCACGCCUCGGCCAUUCCGGCGCUGGCCGGGCUCCUCCGCCGCGGCGGCGCGCGGGAGCGACGUGAGGCGGCCACGGCCCUCUACGAGCUCUGCAAGCUGCCGGAGAACCGCCGCCGCACGCUGCGCGCCGGCGCGGCGCCCGCGCUCGCCGACUUCGCCGCCGACGGCUCCGCCCGCGCCGUCGAGGUGCUCGGCCUCCUCGCCAAGUGCCGCGAGGGGCGCCAGGAGCUGUGCAGGAUCCCGGGCAUCGUGUCCGUGCUCUCCGGCGUCGCCAGCAGCGGCAACGCCCGUGCAAUCGAGCAGGCCCUGCUCGUCCUCAAUUGGAUUUGCUCCGAGAGCAAUGAAUUGACAUUACAAGCAAUAAAGCUGGGAGCUUUCCAGCUCUGUGAGGCUCUGGUGAACGACGACAACUGCAAGAUCGCCAAGAACGCUGUCGAAUUGGCCCGGACCCUCGAGAAAGCAUAAAAAUUGGGCUGCCCAAAGAUCAAAUUUGUCAUAAUUUUGAUUCAGCGCCUCCUCGAUUGGGUGUUGGCCUCAUUGUACAAAGGUAGAAACACCAAAGGUGGACUUUUCAUCUUCUUCUCUUCUGUUCAUUUCCCAUCUCGUUUCAUGUUUUAGCUGCGCCGAACGGUAGACAAAUCAGUAGAAUUUAGUUUCUGUUCAUAUGUUUAGAACCAAAAAAAAAACCGGGGUUCCUGAACUUGUCAGCCAGAACUGCUUCGUGUUUUGGAGAAUCACUGGAUCUGCCAAUCUGAAAUGUCAGAAGUAUGAUACAUAUGAUGUAGUGAAAGUGAUCAUAUGCUCUGAAGCAGCUCGAACGACUGUGAUCCUUACUCUUUUCUUCUUCCUUUGCUAUUGAAAGUGAUCAUAUGCUAUGUUCCAUAGUUUUACAUGACUCAUGAGGAGAAUUGUAUUGUGUGUAUCGCCUGUCAUCUCCUUUUGAUAAGGAAUGAAAUUCACCAGAAGUACAGAGGUUGUGACUU